CAAUAAAGCGGUGCAGUGUGGAUUUAGUUGAGUUACAUUUCGAAUGUCCAAAGGGGAAAGAAAGCAACAACAACACGCUGAUCUAAAAAAACACACCUAAAUCAAAACUGCGGUUCGACAGUUGCGCCCCAUUGGCGAAAUGCUAAAACGAAUAUCGAAUGUGCUUAUCGAUAACAACGAUUGGUCACCUGUUACGAGACAGCCGAACACAGCUGAAUUCGCAGCCAAAAAACGUAAACAUGUCGACGCUGUCGAAUCCAUUUCGCACCGUCUUCCGCCUCCCGAGCCGGAAUCAACGCAUCAAUUGGUUUCCCGGCCACAUGACCAAGGGAAUGCGACAGAUACAACAGAAACUGCGCAAUGUCGAUUGCAUUGUUGAGAUUCACGACUCCCGCAUACCGUUCGCCGGACGAAAUUCACAAUUCUUUGAGACGAUUACAGGCAAUGGUGUCAAGCCACAUAUAUUAGUGCUGAAUAAAGUGGAUCUCCUGGGGAAGAAGCAGCAGCGUUCAGUUCUCAAGCAGCUGCGAGCCCAACAGCCUGAAUUGCGAAAUAUUCUAUUCACCAAUUGUAAGGAUCAGCGUAAUCAUGGUGUCCUCGACAUACUGCCGCUGGCCAGCAAACUGGUGGCAGAGAGCAGUCGUUUCAAUCGAACCCAGAGUGCCGAGCACAACAUUAUGAUUAUCGGUGUGCCAAAUGUGGGCAAAAGUUCCAUUAUCAAUGUACUGAGAAAUGUGCACCUAAAGAAGCGGAGUGCGGCCCGCGUUGGUGCUGAGGCCGGUGUGACGCGAUCCGUUGGCGAGCGCAUCAAAAUCCAAGAGCAGCCACCCGUCUACAUGAUCGAUACGCCCGGCAUACUGCAGCCGUCCGUUACGGACGAUGAGAUGGGCAUGAAACUGGCCCUCGUCGGCUGUUUACCGGAUCACAUCGUUGGCGAGGAUUUGAUCGCCGAUUACCUCCUCUACUGGCUGAAUCGUCACAGGCGGCUCGACUACGUGCAACUGCUGGGAUUAAGCUCCGGUCCCAGCGAUAAUAUCAGCGCCGUUCUCGCCGAAUUUGCGCAGCGCGAGGGCAUGUUCCACCGGGUCAAGCAAUACGAUGGUCAAGUGGAGAUGAUGACAAAUCUCUUGGCUGCUGCCCGCCGAUUCAUCAGUUUCUUUCGCACAGGGCAGCUGGGCCCCAUUAACCUUGACGCCGAAUAUAGCCAUCAAAAUUAAGUUUUAUUUAUUUUUGUAAAUAUAAUUUAUGUAUUUA